UACCACUCUCUACUACAGUCUACUGCGAGUACCAGCAGUACCGGCUAACGGAGUCCAAGUCAGUUCUUGACAGACCGCGUCGAGAAGUGCGCGUACCACUUUAGAGAGGUGCUACGAACGCAUGUGCAGUGCUUGAACGGUACUCUGUGUGGGUGAGCGUUGUUUUGGAUAUCUGGUUGUUGAUCCUGGUACUCCAGACUAGAAGUCUUCUAGGGGAAAUUCGGAAAGACCGGCACUUUGGAAAGCAGCGAAUCACCACUGACGAAACCUCUCUCAAUUAGUGAAAAAUUAAUAUGAUUUACUAAUGAGCUGCACGCUAAUUAAAAGUGUCGGAGUUUGAUGCCUGUUCAGUGCUGUGUUAGUGAUGUGAAUCGGGUUCAGUGAUAUUAUGGUUGAGGAACAGAUCUCAGACGAACAAUGAUGUCCUACAUGUACAUUAAAUCAUGUGUUUGGGUCAUAGGAUUUUUUUCACUUGCGGGCGCGCUUCCUUGGUUGCACCCCUCCCUGGAACUGCUAGACGAAGUCAACGAUGCUGAAAUCUACAACGCCGUCGUGUCGUCCGUGAAGGACUGGGAGAAAAAACAGGAACUCAAGAAGAUUAGUAACAGGACGAAAAGAGAGGACACUAGCGUCUGCUAUCCAGAUCUAGGAUGCUUUGAGGCAUCAGGCCCCUUUGGCUACCUGGAUAUGCUUCCCGGAAAACCGGAAGAAAUAAACACCAAGUUUAUGCUUUUCCCUGGAAGAAGCAGGAAGAGAAGUGGUUCUCCACCGGCAGAAGUACCUUUUGAAAAAUUGGACGACGCGUUCGAGUGGGCCAAACAAGGUUUUAAUAAGAGUUUGCCCACCAAGGUUCUGAUCCAUGGGUUUGGAAGCGAUUGCAGUUAUAUUUGGGUGUAUGAGAUAAGAAGUGCCCUUAUGGCAGUGGAAGAGGUAAACAUAAUUUGCGUCGAUUGGAGCAACGGCGCUUCACUGCCAAACUAUGUCAAGGCUUCGGCAAAUACCAGGCUGGUCGGGAAACAGUUAUCCUUGUUACUCAGAGGUCUCGUAGAGAAGAACGGAUUAUCCUUGAGGAACACCCACAUCAUUGGUUUCAGUCUGGGUGCCCACAUUGCAGGAUUUGCAGGAGCUGACUUGGGAAACUUGAGUAGGAUUACGGGACUGGAUCCUGCAGGACCUCUCUUCGAAUCCCAAGAUCCCAGAGCGAGAUUGGAUCAAAACGAUGCCGCCUUUGUGGAUGUGAUACACAGCAAUGGGGAGAAUUUAAUAUUAGGCGGUUUGGGUUCGUCACAACCUAUGGGGCACGUGGACUUCUAUCCCAAUGGUGGAAGGAUGCAGAAAGGGUGCAGUCAUUUGUUCGUUGGCGCUGUUAGCGAUAUUAUUUGGUCGUCAGCGGUGGAAGGAAGAUCGCUGUGCAAUCACAGGAGAGCUUACAAGUUCUUUAUAGAUUCGGUCUCUCCGAGAUGUCAUUUUCCCGCAUUCCCCUGUGAUUCGUACGAGGAUUUUCUGGCUGGAAAAUGUUUCCCUUGCACCGAUGAGAGAACUUGCGGUAACAUGGGAUACUACGCAGACAGGUCUAAAGGCAGAGGGCAGUUAUAUCUCGUAACCAGAGACGAGGAACCAUUUUGUGCACAUCAGUAUAACGUGAAAAUAGAAACUUCGCCGAGCUUCAUUCCAAUAAAGAGUUACGGAAAAAUUCAAAUCACCUUGAUCGGCGAGUCAUUCUUAAACGAAACAUUCAUGAUGACAAGGAAGGAAGAUGAAGAAAUGAGGCUGGGUGAUUCAAUAUCAAGGAUACUUGUACCCCAUCCAAUUCUGUCACAACCAUCAAGAGUAGAAGUUUUGUAUACAGCUUACAGCGGUUGGUUAUCAUCAGGCCUUACCCAGUGGAGAUUGGACAAAAUAACUUUACAGGACAGCUUUGGAAAGGUUUUAUCGGUAUGUAAGAAGAACUUGAUUUUGGAAUCAGGUGUACCCGUGACACUACCGUUGUAUCCAGGGGAGUGCAACUUACCCAAGGACGCCUUCAAUGACGAAGCGGAAGACAGAGUUCAUGACAUUGAAGAGGAAAUUAAGUCUACCCUGAGAAACAGUACAGACGGCUUCACCCCCACGGAAGUUGUAAAAGCGGGACUAGAUGAAGAGGAGUACAAAAAAGAAAAACCGAGCUUGUCAAUCAAGAGCGCUAUGGACAUCUUCAACAUCCCUUGGAGAAGUGAGAAGGAGAACGAUGUAAUAGACAGUGAAGCCGAAUCUAGUCGAGCCUUCAACACCAGGUUGGUGGCUAUCCCCAACCCCGAUAAAGAAGGCGAAGAGGAAUUAAUUAGAGAAAUAGUAGAACCUAUCCUAAAACCACAUUCUAGUAAGAACGCCAGGUCCCAUGACCCUAACAAAGACAAUCACGAGAUUACGGAACCUAUUCUAGGACCCACUACAGCGAAGAAUAGAAAUGCUGUCAAAGCGGGACAUAAAGAUAGUAAAAGCUACAAGGGAAAAGACGACAAAAGUUACCACGAAACCAAAGAGGGUUCUGAGUGGGUACCUAAAGACAUACCUGUAACGCAAAACGCUCCUACCAAGUGGAAGAGGGAAGACGAAUCAGCCACUUUCACUGGAUUCGAACAACCCAAGCCACCAAAUCCACUGGAAACUAUUGCCACUACCGUCCAGUUUCUGCCACAAAGGCUUGGUAGGAUGUUCGAGCAGGCUGAGAAGUAUGCCAGAAAUACGAUCUUACCUCUUGUGAGCACUUAUACACCCAAGUUUAUCAGUGAUUUCAUUGCCCCCCAGGAGAGCCAACGUAAAUACGUGCCUUUGAGUUUUGAGGAGACCACGACAAAACCUGCCCUCCCUAGCGUGAACGAGGGCCGAAAUUUUAUGAGUAAAAAUGUUGCUUCUCCAAAAACAGUGGAAUUCACUACUAAUGAGAUUACAACACCUUACACUCAUAUACAGAAAAUAAGGAAAAAGGGAGAGAAGAGAAAUGAUGAUCUAGUGGCUUCGAUAACUGCCGAGUAUUUGAGUAGUACGGAAAAAAUGACAACGACGAAGAAGACAACGACGACGACGACGACAAAGGCAACUACAACAACGUCGACGACAAAAAGGCCAGUUAUAAAGAUGGAAAUUAGCAGGCCAACCAGGGAGGAUUCAAAUGUAAAAAAACAUAAAACUCCAGACCCCCUGGAUGCCAUCAUAAGUACUGUACAGUUCAUUCCAGAAAACAUCGGGAAAAUGUUCCAACAAGCCGAACGUUUCACCAAAGACACAAUCCUUCCUUUCGUUAAUAACUUCACUCCAAAAUUCAUAUCGGACUUUUUCUCUCCAAUGGAACCAUCAAAAUACAUACCUCUGGAAAGGGACACCACACCUACCGCAUUGAUGAAGUUGUCUAGUUCGGCUAGAAAUUUGAAAAACAAAGAGUUCGAUCCCCCACCAAACAUAAAGUUACCCUUCCACGAAGGUCCUGUUCCUGAUACCAAUUCCAGUUCCAAUAUCCAGAGGAUUGCCAAAAGGAACACUAAAAGGAAAUCAGCUUAGUCAGGGAUAGAUUUGAUUAUCCAAUUUCUGAGACUGGUUAACACUUCUGGUUUAAUACUUGAUGAUGUAUGAGGAUGGAAAAGUAAUUUAAACGGAAAAUAAAAUAUUUUUUCAGCUUUCCAGAAACGUAGGGUGUUCCUUAUUGCACUGCUAAACUUCUACAGCGUGCUUCUUGGUCAACAUUAAAACAUACAGUUGAUAUAAACAAGUUGAAGAUGGCUAAACCACUUGAAGUGGUACCAUAUUUGCUACAUGUUUUUAACUAUUGAUGACAUAUUUACAAACGUCGAAUUUUUUUGGCUAAUGAUAACUGAAAUAACUAUUGAAGUUGAAGAAUUUUGCUAAAGAAGACGAUUUUCGAGUAAAAUUUAAAAAUAUAACGUUUUGUAAAAAUAAUUAUAAACCGUCAAACAUUCACAACGAAUAAAUGUUUCUGAACAUUAAAGAUGACUGUUUCAUACAUUAAUUAGUUUAUAUUGACUAGGAGACAUGUAUUAUUAGGUGUCAAAUAUGUAAUAUCGCAAUAAAAUAAAUAUUUCCGUAGAUGUCUCAAAUAUCCAUAUCCAUUUUUUUGGUAGUAAUGGUAAAUCAAGUUAUCAAUAACUUAGAAUGUGUACAAAAUUUUUAACAUUUCGACAGGCAUAGAACACAUUUAAAAAAUAAUUGUCAGCAGGUUAUCCUUUAAGCUGCUAUAUUUUUAUGGAUUCAAAAUUCUCAAUUUGUGUGUUAAUUUUUAGCCAAGGAAUAUCCUGUAGAAGUUCGGCAAACGUAUUAAGAGAUACCCUGUAUAGAUUUGAAAAAUUUGAUAAACAGAUUCGUAGAACAUUUAAGUUUAAAUACAACUUGACAUGAUGUUUAUUAUGAAUACCUACCUUAAAAGGGAAUUAAAUAUUGUUCUGUGGAGUACAUACGAAUUCUAAAGGAAAGUUGAGAAAUAAUACUAUUCAGAAAAAAAUUAAAUUCUUUUGUAAAUAUAGUCGUAAUUCAUCUAUUACUUUUUAUUUCUUUUAGUAUAGUAAGGUAAAAUCUUUUAAAUAGUUGUAUAUAUAUUUGUACAUAAGCCUAAGUGUAAUAUUUUGUAAAUUAUUUUUUAUACUACUUGUAAUAAAACCC